AUGGCCGGCGACGCGGCAACGGCGCGCGCCGCCGAGGAGGGGUGGAUCCUGCGGCGCAUCAUUCAACGCGCAAGUUCUCUGCGAGCUGCUUGCGUCGAGUCGCGCCGGCGAGAGUGCUGCGAGCGCUCGGCGGCGAGGGUCAAGAUGGGCGCCGUUGUGGAUCGGUUCGGCGCGAUCGGCAGCGCCGAAUACGAGACGGACAUAUUGUGCAGGGCGAUGGUGUCGGGCUGCCCAGAGGCGCCCCGCUGCCGCCGGGACGUCGCGACGCGCGAGCCCGACAGGUUCACGGAGAAGAUGGCCGACGCAUUAGGGGGUGCCGCGUUCGACGGGGCUUGGGGCGCGGGCGCUGUUUUCAAUUUGACCGCCGCA